AGUAAGACUGAAGUUGCACAUUUUCUCCCAUUUCUUCUCUCUCAACAGGAACAACAAAAACCUCGCCUCUCCGCUCCGGCAUUACAGGCGGCGAUCUCAUCUUCCUCUCCUUUGAAACCGAUUCUCUAAAGUAGUUCUUUGAAAUAACGGCAACGACUGUGAGACUCUUUUGAUCAGUGUGAGUUUGACCUAUCAGCGCCGAUGUCAAUGAAUAUGGAAAGCUCCACUUCUCAAUUUCCAGUGUCUCAACUCAAUUUCUCUCGGGAAAUCAAUGUAUGCAUGCGCGAGUGGGAAUGAAACGGAGAUUAUUAUUUCGAGAUACGAAGAUCAUUUUCUGGUUAUUGCUACCCAAAUAGGAACCAUGGGGACAAUAGUGUAUGCCAGAAAGGAAGAAGGGGUGUCCAUCAAUCCAACAUUCAACGUUUCUGUUAUAUUUGGCAAACGGGAUGAGCCAAUGUUAGUAGCAUGUGCACGUCAGCUGAUUGAGCAAAUGAGUUUGUCUGGCUCCUCCAGGCCAUUGGUCCUCUCGCUUGGUCUUAAAGACCAUUCGGUGGAGACGUUGAAAGGCAUUGUUUCUGCUGUGACGGACAAUAGCAUGUGGUAAGAAAUUGCUGAUGAAAAAAUAUCAAGUGAUUGGAUUUCUACCAAGUGGGCAUUCUACAAAAAAGAAAAAGUGAUUGGAUUUUAAUGUCAAGUUUUAAAAUAUAUAAUAUUUAUUAUUAUAUAUAUUGCAGAUACUAUAAGUGUAGAGAGACAAUGUUGAACUAAUGACCGGAGUAGGAAACGGGAGAG